GAGGUUAUAAGAUCUCUGCUCCUCGAGCAACUGUAAACUAGAGAGUACCCAUGCUUGAACAUCAACAACUUUUAUUAAGUUUAACAUUAUUCUCGAACUGAAAUAUCGACAAAUUUUAAGAAAAUAAAUUGUGCGUGCAAUCAUGUCAAAAGGUUACGGAGCCAUGGAAAAGCGUCGUGUGAAAGAUUCGGAUCUGGGUGAUUCGGCUCCAAAGUCUGGAUUGUGUGUGAAUAGCCGAUAUCUGGACCAACCGUUUCCCAACUUCCGGAAGCCAGUCCUCAUUGGAUCGUUUUCAGUGAAUGCUCAGAGGCAAUUUCAGCCCGACAACGCCAACCUAAAGUUCUUGCACAGAAAUGUUGACCGUGAUGAGAGGGUCAGUUUCGACUUGAACCGUGGGAUGAACUCUGUGACUACUAAGAACGAAGAUGAAACCACCCAAGAGGGCAUUAAGAUGCUCUUGACUUGGAUAUCCCUGAAUCAGGGCAAAUUUACUGUGAUGCUUGAUCAAAAGGCCACGAAAGCCUCGAGUUUGAACACGGAUUUUGUGUGCUUCCGGGGACUCAUGACUUGUAUCAUGUGCACCCCUUAUGAGUAUAGAGAAGGUUGGACCAUUUCUGCCGUCAAAUUUAAGGAUACCAUUUACCUCCUAAAGAUCGAAUCCGAGGCACAAGCCACUCAGAGGAGGAAUUGGGAUGAUAAGAUGAAAAGGAUUUUGACUUGGGGCUAUAAAUUUGAACAGUACAUGAUGACAGAUCAGCCGGGUCAAGAACCUGAUGCCAAUGAGCCCAUGAACACCAAUGAGGAAUUCUGUGGCAUGUUUCGAACCCGAUUGGGAUCUCAUUCGCUUGUUUAUGGCGCAGAAAUGGACGGAUUGGUGAUGGAUACCUCGGCUCCUCAGGAUAAAGACGCCAUUGAUCUCACUCAAGCGGAAUUUGCCGAACUCAAAUGCUCAAGGCAAAUGGACCAUCCCAAACAAGAGAGAAACUUUGUUAAGUACAAACUCAUUAAAUGGUGGGCUCAGUCGUUCCUGGUGGGUGUACCCAAAGUGAUCUGUGGCUUCCGAGAUGAUAGAGGAACAGUGAAUUCCUUAAGAAGCUACCCUGUCACAGAAAUGCCAAAACUGGGCAAGAGGGAUUGGCUACCCAAUGUGUGUAUGAACUUCCUCAAUAAUUUCCUCAGUUUUGUUAAGGCUGAAAUGAGUCGGUCCACAGAAGGGGAGGUUGUUCAGUUUGUGUGGAAUCACAAUGAUGACUUUGUUCAGUGUGUCCAGUCGAAACUGCCCCGGUCGUUUAUCUUAUCGGAUGAAUAUGUCGAGAAAUUGUCCCAUCAAUAAUUCGAAUUCAAAUAUAUUAUAUAAAGAAUGAAAGUUGAUAAAUUGAA